GUGUGCGUGCAUGCGUGUGUGUGUGAAUAUAGGAAUGCAGGUGCUGGAGUGGAACGAGCUUCCUCUGACGGGGAAGACCUACGAGGAAGUGCAGGGGCUUGUGGUACAGCAGUGUGGCGAGGCAGAACUCUGCGUGAGACUAGAUCUGAACAUGCUGGCUGACUCAGAGGGCUCUCAGCACCUUGAUCUCCCAGACCAUAGCAAACCAGGUGACAGACCCCCCAGGUCUCCGGGGGUGGAUCCGAAACAACUGGCUGCAGAGCUACAGAAGGUGUCCCUGCAGCAGGCUCCUCCACCUACCACCGCCACGUCCUCCUCCUCCACGGUGGGGGGAGAGAAAGGACCCCACUCAGCCAUCUCAGGCGCCGCCUCGGCCACUUCUAGCGCCAUCCAGAGUCCGGGACAGCCGGGGUCGCCCUCCGUCAGCAAGAAACGCCACAGCAGCAAGUCUGCGGAACCAGUGAAGACACAAUCCCACCCUGUUACUGGAGAGAUACAGCUUCAAAUCAACUAUGACAAGCAGCUGGGGAACCUGAUUGUUCACGUGCUCCAAGCCAGGAACCUGGCCCCCCGAGACAACAACGGCUACUCCGACCCCUUCGUCAAAGUCUACCUCCUCCCGGGGAGGGGUGCUGAGAAUAAGAGGAGAUCAAAACAAGCUGGCCAGAGUCUGAACCCAGAGUGGAACCAGACUGUUAUCUAUAAGAACAUCCACCUGGAACAGCUGAGGAAGAAGCUGCUGGAGGUGAGCGUGUGGGACUACGACAAGUGCUCCUCCAACGACUUUUUGGGAGAGGUGUUGAUGGACCUGUCCAACACAGCUAACAUGGAUAACAUCCCACGCUGGCUCCCUCUGAAGGAACAGAGUGAGGGAGAGCACCACCGGCGCUCCCUUUCAGCACAGGGGCGCCAGCACUCCCCCAAGCCCCCCUCACAGCACGCCUCCCCCAAAACCCCUGCCCACGGUAACCAGGACUCCCCCAAGCCCCCCUCGCAGCACGCCUCCCCCAAAACACCCGCCCACGGGAACCAGGACCCGCCCAAGUCGUCGGUCAUCAAGAGCCGGAGCCAUGGGAUCUUCCCUGAUCCAGCCAAGGACACGCAGGUGCCCACUAUUGAGAAAUCUCACAGUAGCCCCGGCACAUCGAAGCCUUCCCCGUCCGAGGGCCACAGCCAACAUACGCCACGCGCGGCUCCACGUGCGGCGCCUCGCAAAAGUGCAAGGCAACACCAGCAGGAUGGCACCGGCGGUGUCGCUGUAGCAACGGGUGAAGCUCCGGCUCCGCAGCAACAGCACCGCCUCCAACCAACACGGCCCGGCAGGUCCGGCGACGCCCCGGUAACAGCCGCCUCAUUGGACAGCGGUCUGAGUGGCAGUGCUCACAGCCUAUUGGAGGAUGAGGGUGGGACUAAUGCCGUGGACAGUGCCAUCUUCCAGGUCCCUCGGUUUGGGAAGAUUCCAAAUGGCACUGACGUGAUGAUGUCACCAAUGGGCCAUAUGGACUCUGAGGGUAAGACCCAGGUAAUGGGAGAGAUCAAGAUAGCUCUGAGGAAGGAGCUGAAGACAGAGGGAGACCAGCUGGUGUUGGAGAUUCUCCAGUGCAGAAACAUCACCUACAAGUUCAAGUCUCCAGACCACCUGCCAGACCUCUAUGUGAAGCUGUAUGUGGUGAACAUUGCAACCCAGAAGAGGAUCAUCAAGAAGAAGACCCGGGUAUGUCGUCACGACCGCGAGCCCUCCUUCAACGAGACCUUCAGAUUCUGCAUGAACCCCACCGGCCACUCUCUGCAGCUCUUCCUGGUGUCCAAUGGGGGGAAGUUCAUUAAGAAGACCCUGAUCGGAGAGGCCUACAUCUGGCUGGAUAAGGUGGACGUGCGGAAGCGAGUGGUCAGCUGGCACAAACUGCUGGCUAGCUCUGCUCAGAUCCACUCCUAAAGAACCUACUGUUAACCUUGUCUAUUCUAUAGGCUCUUAACUCGCAGAGAGAAAGACGAGGAUGGCUAGGGCGCUCGAGUUUACUGUCUCCAUCACUGAUCCACUCUUUAUGGACCUACUGGACAUACUCACAGGUCCACCAUUGGGGUCGGGCGAGGACCGUUAGGGUGUGGGAGUUAGACAUCUCUUACGUAUCCUGUGGAUCUUGAGUUUUGGUGUCAAGGGUCAGGGGUCAGCAUUUGAAUUGCUUGAGCUGUGACUGGGGAUUGGCUAGUGGGGAGGAAGUAGGUAUGUGUUUACAGGAAAUUAACUUGUGUUUACAGGAAGUAGUGUAGCCAGGGCAGGGAGGAGGACAUUGAGGCAACAAAGCAAGAACAGAAUCAACCAGGUAUUACACACACACUCACACACACAGUCAAACACACCACAAAGAAAGAUGAUCGUAAGAGACUGACACAUAAAUACAGGGGAUGGACAUGUUUAGAGUCUCUCAUUGCUUUAUUUGACUGGAGAUGUUUUUAUUUAUGAAUGAAAUUAUAACGACCUGUGGAUUCCCCUCAUGGCUUUGUAUAUUGUUAGAAGAAUUUCAUUAAUUUAUGAAGCAUUUUGGGAAUUAAAUGUUGAAGAUUUAUUAUAUGGAGAUUGCACCUCUUAUUUUUGUAUUAUAAUUAUGAUUAUUAGAGUUUUAUUGAUUAUUCUCCUCAAUUGUUUAAGAACUGAAUGAUGAAUGAAGAAUUUUUUAUCCAGGGACACACAGUAUAUUUUGUGACAUACUCUCACUUUAAUUCUAAUUCUCGAUUUGAAAUGACUCCCUCAUCUGGCACAAGGUACAAAGACCUUGGCAAGCAUGUUUUUACAUUUUGGGACAACAAUAUUUCCCCUUCUGUUCUUUCUCUAGAUGUAAAUUUAGAUGCUGAUAUAUCAGAUAUAUUAUAUAAACAUUGUUCUAAGCAUAAUUGGUGUGGUUUUAACAGACUGGGUAGUCUUGUGCACAGGGUCAUGUUUAUUAGGCACCAAAUGGAAGAAAACAGACUGAAACAAGGAGGGACUACCUGGUGUUGUCCAGGAAGAAAUGCUCAUUUUAGUUUUCAGUUGCAAAAUGUUUUCUGUUGGUUGACCUAAUGAACGUGACAGUGAAAAGUUGCAUUGUUGCCUUUGAGGUUGACUUUGUAUAUAGUUGAGUACACUGUCGUUGUGAGAGAUAAAUAGAUAUAUUCUUAUCACAGACAAUCCGUUGUGGAUGAUUGUGGCUUAACGUAUUAUUUUUGGAAUGUGAAAUAACAGGUUUUAGCUGUGAUUCAAGCCUGGUUUUCCUCCUAGUAAGAUACACAGUGAACUGAUAUGUGUAAGACUAGCAUAGUUCUGACUUCUCUUUACAUUCACACAUUUGAAUUAUCUCUUCACAUGCCCACUUUCAUGUUUUACUUAGCACUUUGUCAAGUUAUCGAAUGUAUAGAUGAAUAUACAGUAUGUCCCCACUCGUAGAGAAAUAUAAUAUAUAUAAGUAUGUCAAAUGAAUAUAUUAAAUAAAUAAUGAUAAUGAUAGUAAUAUAAUAUAGUUGACCAUACUUGAUUACCCUCUUGGCCUGUGUAUAGUAAAGUGUGUCCCAUGGUUCAUAUAUCAGGGUCCCCUCCAAACAGUUGUCUAUCUAUACAUUGGAUGGGUGGGUGUGGUGGGGGAGUAGGUGGAUGCGGCAUGCUUUGGACGGUUUCUGUUGGUGUGUCUAUCUCCAUCACAUGUCUAGGUACAAACUAUCCUAUUGGGCUCUCUGUUUCUCUAUGGGAAGAGGUUGGUAGCUGGGGCUAUUGUUUGAACAUGAGUUCAAUCGAAGUUGCUUUGAUUAAGAAAUGCUACAAUACUCCUGGGUGGCGCAGUGGUCUAAGGCACUGCAUCGCAAUCCUAGCUGUGCCACCAGAGACUCUGGGUUCGAGCCCAGGCUCUGUCGCAGCCGGCUGCGACCGGGAGGCCCAUGGGGCGGCACACAAUUGGCCUAGUGUCGUCUGGGUUAGGGAGGGUUUGGCCAGCAGGGAUAUCCUUGUCUCAUCAUGCACUAGCGACUCCUGUGGUGGGCCGGGUGUAGUGCAGUGUAGUCGCUAAGUGUAUGGUGUUUCCUCCGACACAUUGGUGUGGCUGGCUUCCCGGGUUGAAUGAGCACUGUGUUAAGAAUCAGUGCGGCUUGGUUGGGUUGUGUUUCAGAGGACGCAUGGCUCUCGACCUUCGCCUCUCCCGAGUCCGUACGGGAGUUGCAGCGAUGAGACAAGACAGUAACUACUAACAACUGGAUACCACGAAAAUUGGGGACCAAAAGGGGGUAAAAAAAGAAGAAAUGAUUACGUUUUGGUAUGUUUGUCAUAGUCCUGGUGACACAUUUAUUUUUGCUGGUGUGCAUCUGCUAUUUGCUAUGGGUUGGUGUGCAUCUCUAAGCUACGGACCUGUGAGAUUUGAAGGUGUGUAACGUGGCUUUCAGUUGAAAGGACACACUCAGAGUGAUGUCCUGCCUAGGGUCAAGGUGUGUGAGGGCUGGUUGGUUUAAUGGUGACCUUUUGACCUUUGAUCUUUGCCAAACAUUGACCAAACACCACAGGUUCUCUCCAGCUGAUUCUAUGCAACAUAGACUUCGUGUUGUGACUGUGUCUGAAUUAUCAAUCUAGAUUCUACAGUCUGAAUUAGCGAUGCAUUUUAGGGGACAAUGGGUUAUUCUGUUUGUGUAUUGUUCACAUGUAUAGUUUUUUUACUGCCUUCAAGUUUGGGAAUGAAUAAGAACAUAUAGCUCUUUGAUUUUUAUAAGUAUGCUUUCACAUACCGUUAAAUGCAACUUUAUUUAUUGCACAUAAGCUGUUGUUUUCAUAUGUUUUUUACAUCAUCAAAUGUUAGAUGGAAGUUACAUAGCUAAUUGGAAAGUUUUUUUUUUUUUCUUCAGCAAAAUGAUCCAGGGCUUAUAUUUCAACCCAGAAACUCAGUCUUCAGCCCAAUGUCCCAGCACACACACACACACACACACACACACACACACACACACACACACACACACACACACACACACACACACACACACACACACACACACACACAGUAGUGACUCUUCACAUAGACUAGAAUCUAAGGAGACACUUUCUUAACACCAGAGCCACGUUCCCAACAGAUUCUAGCUUUCCACUGAGUUUUUAUGCACCCCCACUUUUGAAUAGUUUUAUUUUUCCAGUAUAUAUGUAAUUUGAAAAAUGACCAAAAAAUGUUUAACAAUGUAAUGACUUGAUGUUCUAUCUAAAUGGUUACCCACCUGAAAUUGAUAUUUUUUGAUACCAGCGUGCGUGAGUAGUUUCUUCAUAACACACCCAUGCAUGGCCAAGUCCUCCUGAAAGUGACCUCCCUUUCCUAUGUGUGUUAUCUAGCUAAGAUCUACACACACACACACACACACACACACACGGAAAUGCCAUCUCUUUAUAUCCUACCUUGUAAAUACAUAUCUUUUUUUUCUACAAGAGGAAACGGAAAGAUUUCCUUGAUAUCUGACAUUAACGCAUAUGAUCACGGGAUGAGAACACAAGCAGUAUGUUACUCUCUUCACAUGGCAGAAUACCUACAGGAGUUAGAUGGAGUAAAGACCUUAUAAACCUUGCCCUUACACCGGACACAACAGAGUUUUACCAGAGUAUACAAACACAGACAAACCUUAUUUUAUCAACUCGAGUAGUUGCAGGAGAAUUUAAAUGUGCUCACAACAAUGGAUGUUGCAUGUUUAGUUGGUGGUUCGUUCAUACUAUUUUUGUGUCCAGAAAUUCUAUUUAAAAAGAAAGAUAGAUAGAGAGAUCAAACGUUACGAGGGGAACGAAAUUCUGAAGAAUAAUUCUCAGAUUAUUUAAAGAUGUAUGCUGACUGUACAAAGAUUAUGCUUGUAAAAUCCGUCUGGUUUUCCACUUCUAUGUAAACAGAAAAAUCUAAUGUCAUGGUUUUGUGAUUGUACACAGGAGGUAUUGAUAAAUUAUGCAAAUUGUGCUGUAAAAACAACGGCUGUUGCCCCAAGUCUAAAUAUUAAAUAUCUGUACAAAGAAAA